CUCUACUCAUAUCCAAAUCUUAAUUUUCAACUCCCAAUACAAGACAAUAAAAACUUCCUCUCACGAUGAACCAAUUCGUUCAAUUUUUUCUCUCUGUAAUUGUAGUAAGUACCGUUGUCUCCGGCACCGUUGAAGACACUACCCAUGAAAUUGUUGAUGCGCUGGCGUAUGCCCAAUUUCAAGAAUGGUCAGCGGUUUUCAUAGAAACAAACGACAAGAUUCGAGGGGAGGUUCUCCCAUCAACACUCUUCAUUCCAAACUCCUCAUACAGUGGUGGAGAAGACAAUCAUAAGUUGGCUGCAUACCAUGUUGUCUCAGAGAGGCUUGAGUUUGCGGAUCUUCUCUCCAAGGCAAGUCAGUCUCGACUACCAACUCUUCUUACCAACUACUCAAUCCUGGUAACCAACAAUUCUGAAUUUGGUUUUGCUGUGGACGGCGUUCUCAUCACCGAACCUGACGUCUUCGUCGAUACCUACAUUGCCAUCCACUUCAUUGCAUCUCCCCUUGAUUUCGAAACGUAUGGUCACGUCGAAUCUAAGCCUAGCGGCAGCUAUUCUACGGAAUGGUCGUUUUUUUCCUUUAUGCUCGUUACAGUUGUGGCUCGCAUCAUCUCGGAGAUCCUUAUUCUUUCGGGCUAGAGUUUUAAAAUGGGCUAAUAACUUUUCA